GAGGCAAAACCCGAGGCAGCGAAAUGGAACUCAGCCAUCGUCCCUUCGCCAGCAGAACCCUGUGAGUCCUCGGAGGAUCGGAGGUGAGUUCCACCCUCCGCCUGCUCGCCUCGUCCUGCUUUCACGCACAUUGUCAGCCCACAAGUCGCGUCCUAACCCUAACCCUAAGAUGUCUUUGAGUGAGAGAAGUGAUGAGGAGAUCAGCCAGCUGCUUGCUGAGUACGCCAUCAGACAUGGACCCAUCGUAGACUCCACUCGAAAGCUGUAUGAGAAGAAGCUUGAAGUGGCCAUGGCGAGUGCUCCAGUGGCCCCCUUGUCUGACAAGACCUACUACAGGGAGGAAGCAGAGGAAAUGACCUACAUCACAUACCACAGUGCGGUUAGACAAGAUUAUGACAUGCUGAAACGAAGAGGCAAUAUGGAGCCAGAUGAGGACGAGGAAUCGGACCAAGAACCAGAGCCCCCUGUCCAGAUGGCCAACAGAACAGCCAAUCACAGCGCAGUGCGAUCCCGGGCCGGAGGUGGCGCGUGGAAGGGGAUCCGGCUGCUGCUGCUGUUAGCGGUGUUGGCAGCUGGCCUCUACUACGCCUACUGCCAAGUGAUGAGGAGGGAGGAGAUUCCCUCUAACAUCCAAUGAUCUGAUUGGUCGGCAGAGAGAACACACAGUUUGACCACAUCGACUUUUAAAUGCUCUCUAUUUCUUAGUGUCACCACGUCACUGAAAUAAAUUCAUCUUGUAUAGUUCAA